GAGCCAAGAGCACAGAGACGGCGCUGCUCUGAACUCGGCCACCUGCCGCCUGGCGCUCCGCAGCCCGCGCGUCCCCGCCGCCCGCUCGCUCCGCCCGCUUCCCGCGACCCUGCGCUCCCGUGCGCGCGCGCGCUUGCCUGUUCCUGCAACUGUCGCCGCUGCAGCCUGGGCCAUGGCGACCUGCUUUCGGCUGCGGAGCUGCGGGGCCUCGGGCCUCGCGCUGGCGCCUCUGGGCUGCCGCCUCCGCCCCCGCGCCGGCUGCUCGGCGCCCGGCCGGGCCCAGCUCCGCAGCUACGCUGGCGGCCCCGCGGGCCUCUCCGCAGCGCUGCUGCGCACCGACAGCUUCGUGGGCGGCCGCUGGCUCCCGGCCGCCGCCGCCUUCCCAGUGUACGACCCGGCCAGCGGCGCCACGCUGGGCAUGGUGGCUGACUGCGGGGUGCCGGAGGCCCGCGCCGCUGUACGCGCCGCCCACGAGGCUUUCUGCAGCUGGAGGGGGGUCUCGGUCAAGGAGAGGAGUUUCUUACUUCGGAAGUGGUACGAUUUAAUGAUCCAAAACAAGGACGACCUGGCCAAGCUAAUCACGGCCGAGAGCGGGAAGCCGCUGAAGGAGGCCCAGGCAGAAGUCCUGUACUCUGCCCUCUUCCUGGAGUGGUUUUCAGAGGAAGCACGCCGCAUUUACGGGGACAUUAUCCACACCAGUGCCAAGGGGAAGCGGGCCCUGGUCCUCAAGCAGCCCUUGGGUGUGGCAGCAGUCAUCACGCCGUGGAAUUUCCCCAGCGCCAUGAUCACCCGGAAGGUGGGGGCCGCCCUGGCAGCCGGCUGCACCGUGGUAGUGAAGCCUGCCGAGGACACGCCCUUCUCCGCCCUGGCCCUGGCCCAGCUUGCAAACCAGGCGGGGAUCCCCCCAGGAGUGUACAACGUGGUCCCUUGCUCAAGGUCCAAGGCCAAGGAGGUGGGAGAAGCACUCUGUACUGACCCGCUGGUGUCCAAGAUCUCCUUCACAGGGUCCACGGCCACGGGAAAGAUCCUGUUGCAUUAUGCAGCGAACUCUGUGAAGAGGGUCUCCAUGGAGCUGGGCGGCCUCGCCCCCUUCAUCGUCUUCGACAGUGCCAAUGUGGACCAGGCUGUGGAAGGGGCCCUGGCAUCAAAAUUCAGGAACGCUGGGCAGACCUGCGUUUGCUCCAACCGGUUCUUGGUGCAGAGGGGCAUCCACGACGCCUUCGUAAGCAAGUUUGCUGAGGCGAUGAAGAACAGCCUGCGUGUGGGCAACGGGUUUGAGGAGGGCACCACUCAGGGCCCGCUGAUCAAUGAGAAAGCAGUAGAGAAGGUAGAGAAGCACGUGAGCGACGCGGUUUCCAAGGGGGCCACCGUUGUGAUGGGCGGGAAGCGACACCAGUAUGGGAGGAACUUCUUCGAGCCCACGCUGCUCAGCAACGUCACCCAGGACAUGCUCUGCUCUCACCAGGAGACCUUUGGGCCUCUGGCACCAGUUAUCAAGUUUGAUACGGAGGAGGAGGCGAUCGCCAUCGCUAACGCCACUGAGGUUGGGCUGGCAGGCUACUUCUACUCCCAGGACCCUGCCCAGAUCUGGAGGGUGGCAGAGCAACUGGAGGUGGGCAUGGUUGGCGUGAACGAAGGGCUGAUCUCCUCGGUGGAGUGCCCUUUCGGUGGGGUGAAGCAGUCUGGCCUGGGGCGAGAAGGCUCCAAGUACGGCAUUGACGAGUACCUGGAAGUCAAGUACGUGUGCUACGGAGGCCUGUAGGAGCCUCGUGCCUGGAGAACAGUAAAGGACGCUUGCCGCACACGCGGGGACAUGCCAUCCAUUGACUGAGUGACCAGGCCAUUAGUUAGGACUUUUUACACAUUCAGCCAUCUGUGAUCUUUAAAUAGAUGCAAACCCUACCCCUGCCGCUACCUAACAAGGGACCAACACAGCCACCUGCCUGGGGCUGCAGACUCCAGGGAGCCAGCACUGGCUGCAGAGUGAAGCACAGGACCCCACGUGACCCUCUGCCUCGGGGCCAGGCCAGUGAGACAGGCCCGCCCUUCAGGUCACCCUGCCUGGUCGCGGGCACGCCCAGCUCCCACCAGGCUACCAGGCCUCAUUCGGCCCAGAGCACUUGCUCAGAGCCCCGAGUAGGACUGGCAGGUGGGUCAGACCCGGCACCCCGUCCCUGGCCAGCCGGGCCCUGCAGGCACUGUUAACAGCCGUUGGCAGCGGCACUAAGCGGCCUGCUCGCCAGGUGAAGGAGCGCUCUGUCUCCAGGUCCUCAAUUAAAUGGGAGCCCUCCUUGUCCCACCCAAGCUUCAUGUUGCUCCUCUAGGAAAUGAGCCCCUGCGGGACGCAGGAUCAGGGGGCAGCCGUACAGUGGGGCCUCCCAAUCUCCACCUGCUCCUGAGCCGGGAGCACACCUAAGUGUGUCCAGGUACGCCUGGCUCAGGUCACCGCCAGCCUGGGCAAAAGUGACUUGCAAGACAGGGAGCGUGCAGGGUAGGAACAGGAGCCACCUGUGAGCGCAGCACUGCCCCUGCGCUGGGCCCAGAGAGGCCUGCCACCUGCCCACCCGAGCCCAGCCUUUUCGUCCUGGUGAAGUUCGCUCUUUCACUUCCAGAGGGCAAAAGCGCCUUCACCACCGUAAUCUGGAAGGGACGGAAGGUGCCAGUCCACAGAGAGGAGGAGGUCGAGGCCUCCUUUUACCUGGUAACAACACUUACAGACCGCGUCCCCCCCAGUCCCCCGUGACGGGUCGGUGCUCAGCCUGAAAGGAACACAGGCAGUUCCAGCUCCUCCCUCCCCUCUGUGCACGGAGGCCCCUCGGCUCACGCUGGGCAGUAGCGGGGAGACAGGAGGAAAGCCGUGCUGGAGGUAGCUGCUCGGGGCUCCCCAGCUCACCACACUGAGCCACGGCAGCUGCUGCUGAACGGCAGAUGCACAACGGCCGUGCACGUGGGACGCCUGCAGUCCUGCCACUGCUGUGCAUCUGGCUGGGACAAUACCUGCCCUGUGCCCAACCCCAAAGGAGAAUCAGAAAUCGGCCUUCCCGACACUGCCCAGGCCUGUCAGGAGGCCCGCUCAGCACGUUGACAGCUGAUUUCUGCUCCUCGUUUGUGAGCGUUCAGGUGGGUUCGUAGAAUGUCCUCAUUGCUUAAGAUUCGUGUGCCUCCAUCCUCUUUCUAUUAAGAAAACAAAUGCCCUGGCAUUGACUUUUAGAAGUAGAAUACCGAAGCAGAAAUGUCCAGAGAAGCACCUUAGAAUACACUUUUGACUCUGUAAGAAAGGGGGUUCCCUGGCCAGUGACAAAUUUUUGAGUUUUCUUGCAUAUUUGGCCCACUAGAUACAUAAGUCAAGGGCCAGAGACCCAUUGUAAUCUCCAUGAUCAGUUCUGUAGUGAGCCGUGACUUAGGGGCAGAGCUCAGACCGACAUGCUUAAGGCCCUGGGUUCAACGCCCAGCACCACCCAAAGAAAAAAAUAACUUGGAAAAGAAAUAACUUACUGUUCAGUAAAAUGGUUCUGGGUUCUGGGGUAAAAGAGAAGUGUGGGCUUUAUGGUUUUGUUUGUUUUGAGAUGGGUUCUCACUCUGUUGCCCAGGCUAGCCUCAAACUGCAGGGCUCAAGUGAACCUCCAGCCUCAGCCUCCCAAGUAGCUUGGACCACAGGCUGGUGCCAUCAUGCCUAUCUAAAAGCUAUUUUAAGUGAAUGCUUUGUUAUUUUCAAUAAGGUGGCCACAUGUGGUAUUUGGGAGAUAUAUACACGUAUAAGCAUGAAAUUGAAAAGGACCAUCAGACCAGGGGUGGGAAAACCACGGCCCAUUCUCAGAUCUGACCCACCUGCUGCUUUUGUGCAGCCGUGAACUAAGAAGGUGUUUGUGCUUUCAAAAGACUGGGGAGAAAACCCACCAGCGGUGUCUCAUGAGACUUGAAAACUCAUGGAAUUCGGAUUUGAGUCCAUCAGUAAAAUCAGACAGAGCCCGGCCGCGCCCGUGGGUCUGUGAUGUGCGCUGUGACUGCUGUGCUGAGGCAGGAUGACCUGCAAAGCCUGGAACAGUUGCCGCCUAGCUCCUCUGAGGAGGGCCGCCAGCCCCAGCCAGCCCAGGCCGCCGAGCCUGCCUUCCUGAAUUUUGGCGCCGUUUCAGCCUGGCAGUUUCUCCUGUGCAGAACGUGCUCUCCAGAGUCCUCAGCAGGAACUUGCCAGCAGUUAUGUCCUCACUCCCAUGACAACAGGAGUCUCACUGCUCGACUCACCUCCCCCGGCUGUGCAGGGCUGCUCUGUGAAGAGCAGGUCUGCGUCUGUGUCUUUGUCCUUAGAGAGGACUGUGAAAGUAAAGAUCAGAAGCACAAUGUCCACCAUCCUAUUUUACUGUGAACCGACACGUGAACUUGAAUUUGAGCCGCGCGAUUUUUCCCUCUAACGGCUAGGUGGCAGCCUUCUGAUGGCCUGUGUGCAGCUAGUUCCAGCAGCACUUCACUUGAAUAAUACUCAUGCUGUGAUUGUUUCAUGCUGUACUCUGUGGGCUGAAACUUGGAAGUAUUAGUGGGAAAUAUGUAAACACUGUGGUUUUUAAACAUGUGCACAUAACUUAUUUUUCUAGUUUUUGACGUAUGUCUCACUCUCUGGUCAGGAAACUUGCGUGUGUGUAACUAAUAAAUGCUGAAUGAACAUGG